UGAACUUCCUGUGGCUACGUCACUUUGGGAUCGGCUGCAGGCUGUUGAGCAACGCAGACAGUCAGUGGGGUUUCGGGAUUGCUACGUUCGCAUCUACCACGAAGGAGCGGAGCUUCGAGCCGGAGAAAGUAGCCUCGCCUGUUGUCAGGUUCGGGCUCCGGGAUUAUAAGGAGCUCCUCCGGUCCUCGACGCUUUCGUCGAAACUGCCUGUGGGGAUUCACGCUGGCUCGGUUAGCUAAAUGCGGUACGAAGCUAAAAUGAUGCCGAUGUUCUUGACCGUGUACCUCAGUAACAAUGACCAGCAUUUUACUGAGGUCCCCGUUACCCCGGAGACGCUGUGCCGGGAUGUGGUGGAGCUGUGCAAGGAGGCAGGGGAAACGGACUGCCACCUGUCCGAGAUGUGGCGCGGCUCCGAGAGGCCUGUAGGUGACGGUGAGAGGAUGCUGGAUGUGCUCCAAAGAUGGGGGCCGCACAGAGGAGAGGUGCGCUUCUUUCUGCGCCACAACCGAGCCCCCGGCAGAGAAUCUGGAGGGUCAAGAGGCUCGGAUGCAAAGAGGAAUGGAGUGAGGGCCCCCCCAGAAAGAAGGAUGGAGAAUGGGGUGGCGACUCCUCGGAUGGACAUGACGUUGGGCGAGCUGCAGGAGAUGGCCGCCAGGCAGCAGCAGCAGAUCGAAGCUCAACAGCAACUGCUGGCUUCCAAGGAGCAGCGGCUGCGCUACCUGAAGCAGCAGGAGCAGCGUCAGCAGCAGCAGGCAUCCGAGCAGGAGAAGCUCCAGCGCCUGCGGGAGAACAUAGAGAACCAGGAGGUGCGGCUGAAGAAGGUCCGGGCUCUCAAGGGCCAGGUGGAGCAGAAACGCGUCAGCAACGGCAAAUUAGUGGAAGAAAUCGAGCAGAUGAAUAACCUUUUCCAGCAGAAGCAGAGAGAACUUGUGAUGGCCGCGUCCAAGGUGGAGGAGCUCAGCCGGCAGCUAGAGACGCUUAAAAACGGCAAGAAGGAGAACAUGCACGACAAUCAGAGCUCGGUGGCAGAACUGGACCGCCUCUACAAAGAGCUGCAGCUGAGGAACAAACUCAAUCAAGAUCAAAACUCGAAGCUGCAGCAACAGCGGGAGAACCUGAACAAGCGCAACCUGGAGGUGGCUGCCAUGGACAAGCGCAUCAGCGAGCUCAGAGACAGGCUGUGGAAGAAGAAGGCGGCGCUUCAGCAGAAGGAGAACCUGCCGCUCGGGCCUCAGAUGCCACAGUAUUCAGGGAUCAGCCGCGCUGAUAAUGGCUAUCCUGCUAAAGAGAGGGCUUCAAAAGACGCUCACCGUCAGCUGCCCUCCGACGGCCAAGCCGGGCCCCAGUCGGGACCGUCUCGUGUGGCGGCGGUGGGCCCUUACAUCCAGUCGUCCACCAUGCCCCGGGGUCAAGCGAGGCACGAUCUGCUCGUGAAACCGGCGUACCCAGACGGCACCGCCACUCUACCGGGCGGCGACUCUCAGAGCAAGGCCGGCACAGAAGCCAUGUUCUUGCUUAAGCCUCUGAAAGAGCUGCGGGCUAAAAGAAAAGGUCCUCAGCCUGGAAAAGUGGCCGACUGGAACUCUUCAGGUCAAGAUUCAAAGGCCAACGGGCUCGGCCCAGCUUCAACGCUGCCACGGAUGAGCUCCCACUCCAGCAUAGAUCAAGAUGAAUCUGAGCUGAAGAGAGACAGGAAGGCGCGGCCCUUGUCCAUGUUUGAGCCGACGGAAGCUCCCGCCGGCUCCCUUCGCAAAAACCAGAGCAGCGAGGACCUGGUCAGGGAUGCACAGUCUGCCCCGAAGGCUGCCGCCAAGGUGCCCCCUCCCGUUCCCAGCAAACCAAAAGGUCCCAGCGUCGUCCCUUACAUCAAACCAGGCCUGAACACGGGCACCUUCCCCAAGACCAAGCCCUACAGCCAGCAGCCCCCGCCCGCCCCGGGCCGCGGCCCCCUUCAGCCCUCCCAAAGCCAGACGCUCCCGCUGCCUUCCAAGCAGGACGCGCCGCCCGCGGCCACCGUCCGGCCGUUCACUCCAGAGCUUCCGUCCUCCAAAGAGGCCAGCCUGACGAAGCCCUCCACCGCAGCAGCCAGCUCCAUUUAUUCUAUGUACACCCAGCAGCCCAGCAUCCAGGGAGUCCUCAACAGGGCUCAACCCCGCAACAACGCCUUUUUCAGCGUUUAUGGUAAACCGGUGAUUCCAAGUGGAGGCUCCCAACAUCUGGAGAAUCCGUACCUGGAGCGCCGCUCCCCGGCCCUCGACAAUGAGGCCGAUAGUACCGGACCCCCCAGCGCCUCCGAUGGCCCCCAGCCAGAAACCGAGCGCAUCCCCCGUCCCCUCAGCCCCACCAAGCUGCUCCCCUUCAUUUCCAACCCCUACAGGCACCAGAGCGACGGGGACCUGGAGGCCCUCAGAAAGAAGCUCUAUAACGCCCCGAGGCCCCUAAAGAAACGCAGCUCCAUCACGGAGCCCGAGGGUCCGGCAGGGCCCAACAUCCAGAAGCUGCUCUAUCAGAAGACCCUCUUUAAAGCCAUGGACCCCGGCGCUACCGCUCCAGCCGGUCCGGCUUUCACCAGCGAAGCAGAGAAGGCGGGCGACGGGUCUGCGGCGCCGCACGCUCAGAGCUCACAAAGCGGCCCAGAACCCGGCCGAUCGGACACGGGUCAGACCGGGGAGAGAGGAGCGCUCCCAUCUCACACCGCGGGUGCCGGCGUCCCGCCACCGGCCCCCGCCGAGCAGAACCAACCUCCUUCAGCCUUCCCAGACAGCGAGCUCAUCAUCCCGCCUCCUCCGCCGUCCCACCCGGCUCCCAGACCCGACGACACGCUCUUCCCUCCUCCGCCCCCCGCCGGCCUGGACGACCCGACGGCCAACCUGCCUCCCCCGCCGCUCGAAAGCUUCGUGGAAGAGUUCCCGCCCUAUCCCCCACCCCCCUACCCCAGUGGGGCGGAGCAGGACAGCCUGGGAGAGGACACCUUCAACCUGAAGGCGCCCGAGGUCACCGGACAGGUCACGCUGCCUCCGGGCAAGAGGACUAAUCUGCGUAAACCUGGUUCUGAACGCAUCGAUCACAGCAUGAGGGUGAAGUUCAACCCGCUGGCUCUGCUGCUGGACUCCUCUCUGGAGGGAGAGUACGACCUGGUCCAGAGAAUCAUCUACGACGUGGAGGAUCCCAGUCAGGCCAACGACGAAGGCAUCACAGCUUUGCACAACGCCGUGUGCGCUGGACACACCGAGAUCGUCAAGUUUUUGGUCCAGUUUGGCGUCAACGUUAACGCCGCAGACAGCGACGGCUGGACACCUCUUCACUGUGCUGCGUCCUGCAACAACGUACAAGUGUGCAAGUUUCUGGUGGAGUCGGGUGCAGCGGUCUUUGCUAUGACCUACAGCGACAUGCAAACCGCAGCAGAUAAAUGUGAAGAGAUGGAGGAGGGUUAUACCCAGUGCUCGCAGUUCCUUUAUGGUGUGCAAGAGAAGAUGGGAAUAAUGAACAGGGGCGUGGUCUAUGCUUUGUGGGACUACGCGGCCGAAAACCCCGACGAGCUGUCUUUCCGCGAGGGAGACUGCAUGACCAUCGUGCGCAGAGAAGACGAGGACGAGAUCGACUGGUGGUGGGCCCGCCUGGGCGACGACGAGGGUUACAUUCCCCGUAACCUGCUGGGGCUCUAUCCCAGAAUCAAACCGAGACAAAGAACCCUGGCCUGAGCCGCGUGCAUCGCCGCACAUUUCCAGACGGGCGGAAACUGUGGAUGAACGUACCGACGCACGCCGAGGCGUUAAGACCGCGGGAGGAGAAAAGGACCCCGCCGUGAUGAAGAAACAAGGACGGACCAAUUAAUAUGAAGGAUCAACUGUUUCUGGCACUUUGUUUUUUUGCUGAGGGAGAGGAAAUCUCCCUCCCUUACUCUCUCUAGGACUUGUCACAUACCUAAGACCCUAUGUUCCUGCUCCUGUCUUCUCUCUUUGUAUUUCUUUUAUAAUCGUUAUCUAAAACUCCAUUGACAUGAACAGAAUCCCAAAUAUUGAGGGCGUCAGUGCUGUUUUUGUCCUAAAAGGAUUCUCUGAAAGUCUUUUUUUAAAAUAGUUCCUUGUACGCAGGUUAUUUUCUGACACAUUUUGGUUUUGACACUGCAUGAUGUCAAAGAACUGAUGAUGAUGAUGGUGGUAUUGAAACAUUCGGUUAGCAAGAUGUUCUUUGGCAGGUUGUUGGCUGACUUUCUAUAAAACCUGCCCUGAAUAUCAGCUGCAGCAUCAUCGCUCUGGCUGACGUCAUGGAAAGUUGGACCAGAGGAGGAAGAAGAGGCGAGCUGUGACUGUCCCCUUGCAGGUUAUUCUGUGGUCGAUGAUGCCUAGAGGUCCAGUCAGCUUAUCUGCACUGGCAUGUGGUUGAGUAGCCAUAGAUGUCGUAUCUUUGUGUAUUUUCAUUGCAUACAAAUCCAGCUGUAGGAAAUGGAGUUAUUGUGAAAACUGAUUUUCAAACUUAACGUUUUUUUUUUGUUGUUUUGUUUUUUUUAAACUAAAAGAAAUGUCCUGGAGUAAAUGUAUAUUUUUAUUACAGCCAUUCCAUUAUAUUAUAGUAAUGCUGGACAAUAAGGAUAGAACGUUAAGCCUUAAAACGUCCUGCAAUCACUAAGAGGAAACAUGUAUAAAGUUAGAAUGUGAAUCAAACAGGCCGUAAUUAAUUAAAUAAAAAAA